AUGCAUACGGUCCAGUUAGGGAUGUGGGACCCCCGGCCCCCAUCUAAACAUGCCUCGCCGCUCCCCACGCCACCCCCCUCCAGCUCACGCCCCACCCAUGUGACCACAGCCACCCCGGCCAAGCGGAUCACCUUCUACAGAAGCGGCGACAACCAGUUUGGGGGCGUCAGGAUGGCCGUCCACAAGCGAAGCUUCAAAUGCUUCGAUGCCCUGCUGGACGACCUUUCUCAAAAGGUGCCCCUGCCGUUUGGCGUGCGGACCGUGACCACACCUCGCGGCACACACACCAUCAAACACCUGGAGCAGCUCCAAGAUGGCGGCUGCUACCUCUGCUCCGACCGGCGCCACGCUAAGCCAGUAAACAUAGAGCUGGCCAGCAAACGGCCAAACAUCUGGUACCAUCACAGCCGGAGGCCCCAGCGACCUGACACCUCAUCCACAACACCGCCCGGACAUUUGCAUUUGCCUUACAGGCAGAGACGGAUCCUGCUGAUAAAGAACAGUGAACCGGGGUUGAGGAGGAGCAUCGUGCUGAGCAGGAGGUCGACCAGGAGUCUGGGAGCCUUUCUAGACGAGGUGUCGGAGGUGAUGCAGUUUCAUGUGCGGAAGCUCUACACUGCAGAGGGCCGCAGGAUUGACAACGUACAAAGCCUGAUGACUUGUCCUGGUGUGUUGGUGUGUGUCGGCCGGGAAGCCUUCAGUCCAAUGCUGGUAAACUUUAUUCGGAAGAGCUCAGAGGAAAAACUGCCUGGUCUGGGCAGCAGGUCUCCUGGUCUUGGACCCCGGACUCCUGGAAAUGGGGCCCGGUCUCCUAUUACUCAAGGAAUAAGGUCCCCUCCUCACGGAGCUCAGUCCAGAGCCAGUGAGUACAGCGAAGGACAUGAAAGCAAGAAAAACGUGAACUUUGGUCUGGAAACCAAAAAGAGCAUCAUCCACCCUCGAUCGGAUUCUUCAAACCGCUCCACCCGUUUCUCUUUGUCUUCUGAAAAGUCAUAUGGCAAUGGUGUCAGCGCCGGCUCCCAGGCAAGACCGGCGAUUACAAACGACGACAUUGAAAAGCGUGUUCUGGUCAAUAAAGAUGGCAGCCUCUCAGUGGAGAUGAGGGUACGCUUUCGCCUCCAGAACGACGAGACCAUCCAGUGGUCCACGCAAAUUAAAAAAUCCCCAUCUCUGACCAACGAAUGUUGUCCUCUGAGCCAAGCCCAGCCCCAUUACCUGCAACAGGGCCAAUCAGAAAGCUGUUCUGACCCCGAUUCUACGUCGUUUGACCCAGAAAGUAUGGACUAUCCCAGCCAACCUCUGCAGUGUGUGAUGGAGACUGAGCAUUGCCCCUGUUGCUACCAGAGGCAGGAACAGCAGUACGAUUUGUGGAAAAAUCCUGUACACAGCCACCACCACCAGCACCCGGUCCCACCCCCACACACAUCCAGCCACAGCCACACUAUGAUGAGACACACACACUCCUCCAGCUCUUCCUCGUCAUGCAACUCCAGAAGGGUGGUGCGCUGCCGAGCACGAGUCUCCAACCGCGACUCCGGUUCAGAGCAGAGCCAGCUGGUCCAGGAGGAGAUGUGUGUGACGGAGCAGGUUGAGCACACUGUAGAGGUGGAGCAGAACGGAGGCACCCACAUCGAGGUCUGCAAGGUGAGCCGGUGCUGCAGUCAGAGUGAAGUGGUCGCCGUGGAUAGCAACAUUCGGCCAAUCAGCAGAGAGGACGAGGGGGAGCGUCCAUUCUCAGCAGUAAGCAGCUCCUCACAUGUGCUUCAAGCGCUGAAAGAGGACCAGGAUGAUGAGGAUGACGAUCUGCCCCCCAGCACUUCUAAUUGCUGCCACAGCAAUGAACCGCCCCGAUCCCCAGCAAGCAACGUCUCGGCCAAUUCGACUGAACACAAGGGAAAAGAGAGAGGCAGCAGGGCAGUAUCUGCGUCCUCCUGUAACUGUGGAGCAGCCAGUCCUCGCUCAGCAGCUGGAGCAGAUGAGAUGGAUCGAGUGCCGAGCUCUGCGUCUAAAGCAAGCGAAGCCAAGAUCCCAAAAUCAGAUGAAGACGGGGCAGCUGAUGAUGAGGAUGAAGAGAUAAAGAGGGCGGUCAGUGGCUUGUCUGGUCACACAGGAGUUUCAGCAAGCUCCCAGAAGUCAGGGGCAUCCAGCGUGUGCUCAAAUUGUGGGGGCUGCAAACGUGGGGUCAACGCUGAAUCCAACAGCAGGGCAUCACAGAGGUCCAGUCGCUCCAACAGAGCCUCUCCGAACCCCGCCUCACCUCUGCCCAGCCGAGAGACUGCCAACAACACCAGUGAGGAUGCUGGGUCAGAUGUUUCAACACAAUCCAACAAGACCAACCUCACCAAUCACGGGCGCCUCUCUGCCAUAUCAAACGUCAUGGAAGGCAGACAAUCCAGACCUGUCUCCAGAACAUCCAGUCCUGAGUCAACAGAAAAAGAAGAAGAAAGGCCUCCAAGUGCCACCUCAGCCACAAGCCACAGAUCCAAUAAAUCAAACAACUCUGGUGUUGCAGCAGAAAAAGAGGAGGAGAGAAGCCCCAGCGCGGUGUCGGCUCAGUCCAACCUGUCUGCCAAGUCAGGCAAGUCUCACAAAUGCACAUCUGAAGCUCCUGACAUCAGUUCAAGAGAGGAAGCAGAGGGAGGGAACACUGCAGAAAGAGCAGUCAGCUCUUUGUCUGCCAAAUCCGGUGCUUCAGCUAAGACUGGUGCUUCAGUCAAGUCUCAUAAGUCCAGCUGUCAGUCAAGCACGAAAGCUGCAUCUCCGACUGACAACACAGCUGUGGCAGAGGAUGACACUAACAAAAGAGCUCCCAGUAGCCUCUCCGUUAAGUCAAAUGUUUCUGCCAAAUCAGGAAAGGUUGAAAGACCUGAUAGUGUCGUAUCAGCUAAAUCAGCUAAAUCGAAUGUUUCAGGAAAGUCUGCCACAUCUAACAAGUCUACUUGCAGUCAUUGUGCAAAAGCUGCAUCUCCAGGUGGUAAGGCAGCUGAUGAACCCAUAACAGAGGAAACUGAAAAAGGAGAAGAAGCAGAGGAAAGACCAACGAGUGCAAUAUCAGCAAAGUCCAAUCUGUCUGCCAAGUCUAAUAAAUCCCAGAAGUCAGCAAAAGCUUCAGAAAGGUCACUUUCUCCCAGGUCAGAAGGUGGCCAAGAUGGGGAGGUAAGGGCGACAAGUCAAAUGUCUGGUGGUUCAGUUAAAUCAAACAAAUCUGCUAAGUCUACAAAAUCAUCCAACUCUAAGUGUAAUGGCAAUGAAAUAGCAGCAUCUCCGAGUUUAAAGGUAACAGAGGAGGUUGAGGGAAACAGGCCAGAAAGUAUAAUGUCAGCGAAAUCGGAAAAGGAGGAGAGGGCAGCCAGCGCCAGGUCCUCCAGAUCUCAUAAAUGUAACUGUAAUGGAAACACAGGAGCAAGUCCUGAAAUAGGAGAUGGCGAUAAAGCGGAGGAGCGGGCUGCCAGUGCUUUAUCAGGGAAAUCAGCUUCCUCUGCAAAGUCUCACAAAGCCCCCAGCGCCAUGUCAGGGAGAUCACACAUCUCUGCCAAGUCAUCCAAGUCCCAGAGGUCCAACCACACCGCAGCAUCUCCAAAUCCAAAUGACAGUGAUGAAAAUCAAGAGCGGGUGGCAAGUGCCAUGUCUGUAAAGACAAAGUCUUCAGUGAAGUCCGGUACUUCUCACAAGAAUCUCACAAAUCCAAAUGUCGUCACAAUUAAAACACCAGAAGAGGCUGAUGAGGAGGGAGAUGAGACAAAAGAGAGAGCACCGAGUGCAGCGUCAGGAAAAUCAUCUGCUUCAUCACACAAGUCGAAUCAUAAAGGAACGGCCAAUAUUGCUGUUAUUGAAACAGCAGAUGGAGAUGAGGAGACAGUGGAUGAUGAACCACCAAAAAGUAAAUCACCCGAACUCUCCCAUGGCCAAACACUCUCACCCCGGAGAACACCUUCACCUCGGACCCACUCACCCAAAUCUCCAGCUGCAUCCCACAAAAGUUCUAAGACUCCUGUGCAACAGCUGUUACCGGGCCCCGGUGCUAGAGAGUCAAGAGGGCCCAGUGCCUUGUCAGUUCACUCCACAGUCUCAGCUAAAUCUGGCAGAUCCAAAUGUCACUGUGGAGCAAACAAAGAAAAGGAGGGAGAGGACAAGGAGGCUGAGAAAACCAAAGAGAACGAGGAUGGGAAAAGUGAAGGAGCUUCAGGACGAGAAUCAAGGGGCACAGAGCAACCGCUGAGUCGAAACUCAUCAGGAUCCGUCUCUCUGGGGCUGCCGGAAGACCAGGAAACAGCCGACUCAGACAGCGGUAAGUCCAGCGUUUCUGUUAGCAGAAACACUGAUAGUGAAGUUCAGGGCCAAGUGAAGACAGCAACACCUGAUGUCCCCAAAAGCCCAAAGGAAGACGGGGAUAGAACAGGUUCCACCGUGUCACAGAAGUCGAAUGGUAAUAGCAGAAAAAGCGCCUCAUCUCACAAUCCUCCAGCGGUUGACAUCCCUACUAUUGAAACGCCAGGAGGGGGUGAAGAAGAAGGUGAAGAAGGUGGGGAGCAAAACACAGAAAGAACAGCCAGUGCAGUUUCAGUCAAAAGCAGCAGAUCUCAAAAGUCUUGUUGUAACUGUAGCGGCAAGACAGCGGCUCAGACACUUACUAGCAAGUCUAAAGAGAAACAUGCUAAUGCAACUAAAGCUGGAAGUGACGCUGAAACACAAAGUGUAAAGUCGGUUUCAACAACAAACGCCAGCAAUCUGGAUGCCCCGAAUAAAAGGAACUCAUCUGCAAUGUCAUCAGCGAGUGCUAAAGUUCGGAGCAAAUCCCCUGCAAGUGCCAGCGCAAAGAAUUCCAAUGUGGUAAAAAUAACUGCUGCAGAUUCAGCAAGUAAUGACAAUGAAACCCAGAACAUCAGUAGACCAGCGAGUGAAGCCAAAGGAAAGGAAGAUGUUGUUGAAAACAACAAGGCAGCCAGCGUCCGCUCCAAGAGUCCCUGUAGCCUCAGGCCUGAGUCAGCAGCUUCAGCUCCAUCAGAGUCCAAAAUAAAAGCCUCAAAGCAGAGUAAAGAAAGCGACAACGGGAGUGUAAAGAUGAAAGAAGCCCCUAUCAAAUCCUCAAGCCCCUGCCCCCUACAUGGCUCCAGACCGGGCAGCAAAGUGGAGACAUGUAGUGAAAGCACUCUGUCUCAACCUCUGUCUGCUGCUGACCUGCUGAAGGAAACCAUGGCUGCUGCACGCCCACACAGCCAGCAGUCCAAAGUCAGCAAAGUCAGCGACAAGUCCAGGAGCAAGAAAAGUGGGAAGAGUCACAGAAGCAGAAACCUAAAGGAUCAGGAGGCAUUGCUGGAACUGACGCCUGCCUGUCUGCCCAACGCAUCCCCUAAUGAGGUCGUUAGCGACUGGCUGCAGAGCAUUCCUGCUAACAUGCUCGCGAUGGGCGAUGAAUUCAACGAGGAAGAGGACGAGCCGAGGGUGACGGAGACGCCCGCGGAUGAUGUAGCAAAGGAGGAGAGUCCUGAGGAUGAGAAAGUGGACAAAGAGGGCAGCGUUGGCCCUGAGGAGGAAGACAAGAACGAGGAUGAAGCUAAAUGUGGUGCAGCACAGAAGGAGGAGAGUCCAGAUGCAGCUCCGGGUGAUGCGCAGGAGACUUCCUGUCACAGCAACGCUUUGCUGUUGAGCAGUGAGCCUCUGCCCAAGAACUGGCAUUCUUCUGCAGCCGUGAUGAAAGUCCUUCUGAGUUCUUCUCUUGGUCGAUGUCGGAGCUUGCCUGAGGUGUCGCCGGUUUACGGUCGUAGACUGAGCACAUCAGCCAGGGGGCUUUUGGACUGUUUGGCUCAGCUCCAGCUAAUUGAGCCUGCAGUUAGCCCUGCAGACCAAAACAAGGCCCGCAACCAGCAGUAUGAGGACAUUAUGGCCAUCCUUCACUCCCUCUGGCUCACUGAACCCAGAGACAUUGACCCCAAGGAUGGUAAACCAGAGCAAGUGACGCCACCGAGGUCCUCGUCUGGGGUGGAUAUGAGCAGUGGCUCUGGCGGAUCAGGGAAAGACAAUGGAAAUCAAGGAGGAGACGAAACACCUCCAAAAGAGACGGAAUCUCUCCAUGGGGAUGAGGCCGUGGAGAAGGCCGGAGAAGAGGUCGACACAGCAGAGGAUUCGGUGCAGUGUGAAGAACAAAGUGCAGCUCCUCAAAGUCUAGACAGCCCAAAAGCCACUGAAAACCCUUCGUCAUCGGACAAGAGCUCUGGAAACGAGGGCUCCAAAUCCCCCACUGACAACGAGCGAGAGACACUUGAAGGCUCGAGCUCAGGCACUCCCCCGACCGUCCUGAGGGCACCGUUGGCCAAAAGACUCUCCCAAGACCCCGAUCCGGUGUGGGUACUACACCUCCUGAAGAAGCUGGAGAAACAGUUCAUGAACCACUACAUUACUGCCAUGGCCGAGUUCAAAGUGCGCUGGGACCUGGACGACAGCCUCAUCCUGGACACCAUGAUCUCUGAGCUGAAGGACGAGGUGAGCCGACGCAUCCAGAGCAGCAUCGAGCGAGAGAUGAGGAAGAUUCAGGGUCGAGCUGGGAGAGGAGGGAGGUCGCCGAGGCCGCCGCAAGGAGCAAACCUCUCCAGGGAGUCCACCAUGACAGAGAAGAGGCGUCGAAUGCUGAAGGUCAUGAAGAACCAGUCAGUGAAAACGGCUGAUUCUAUCAGCGAUGGAGAGAUGACGGGCGACUUCAGCGACCAGCGAAGCGAUGACGAGUACUGCCCCUGCGACGCUUGUGUACGCAAGAAAAUGGCCGCUCGGCCUUUCAAAAUGAACCCGCUGGCGGCCGAAGCACCUGUGAUGAUGGAGUUUGACCUCCUCAAGAUCCUUCAGCUGAAGAAAAGCCCGGCGCCUGCACCUGUGAACACACCACAACCGGCGGAGGAGGAAGAGGAAAGUGACAGCGUGACUGUGGAAGAGGAGGAGAGGAGUUUAGGGGUAGUCGAAGAGGAGGAGGAGGAGGAGGAGGAGGAGGAAGAUGAAACCAAGGAGGAUAUUAAAGCUGAUGUUGUUUUAGAGGAGACGAUUGCAGAGGAAGAUGAGGAGGCAGAACAGGAAAAAGAUGAGGAUGAGGCAAAAGAAGAGGAGGAGACGGGAGCUGAACAAGACGAAAAGGAGGAAAAUGUUGAUGAGGAGGAGGAGGAGGAAGAAGAGGGCCAAACAGGUGAUGAGGAAGCUGGGGAAGAUGAGACGUCAGAAAAUGGAGAGGAGGAGGAGGAAGAGGGAGAAUGCCAGUGUCAGUGUGCUAAAAAUGAGGAGGAGAGCGAUAAAGAAGAAGAGGGAGAGGAGGAAGAGGGGGGGGAUGCAGAGGAUGAAGGAGAGGAUGAAACAGGGGAGGACGAGAAAGAGACGGGAACUGGCGAAGAGGAGAGCGACAAGGAGACAGUGAGAGAGAUAACAGCAGGCGGAGGAGACGUAACGGAAAAUGGAGAAGGUGAGGAAGAGGAGGAGGAGGAGGAGGAGGCGUCUGAAUCUAAGCCUGAAGAAGAGGAAGAAACAAGUGGCAGGGAAAGCGAGGAACAGGAAGCACCGGGGGAAACGGAGGACGACGACGCUGCAGCAAAUGAAGAAUCAGAUCAGGUGGAAGAGUUGUUGGAGGAAAAUGUCAGCGGGUCGGCGGAGGACGGAGGUGACGGGGAGGAGGGCACAGCGGAGGAGGAGAGAACCUCGUCACAGGGCCAGGGAGUCACUCCGACUGUCUGUGUGACCGAGGGAGAGGAAGCCGACGCCGAAGACUCAGACAUCGACAGCAAACGUCCGAGUGACGCCGGCACUGACAAAUCAGGACACGAGGAGGAGAAAGACGGCGGCGAAGACGAAGGUGAGGAGGAGGCGGCGGAGGGCGAUGCCGUCGAGGAGCUCAAGCCUGAGGAGAGCAGAGACAAAGGGGAGGAUGGUUCUCUUCUGCAUCAGUUCACCAGGACCUCUGUGGAGUCCCAGCCCGGCUCGCUGGAGGACAUCGAUUCAACCCCGAACCCUGUGGACUCCAUAGAGGUGCCCAAAGUGGCAUCUACCGGCGGGGGGACGGGAAACAGGAGGAGCCGCUCGCCUGCCAGGGUCAAACGCCGCAAACCUAAAGAGGGGGAUGACGAGCUGGAUAACUUUUAA